UCUGUAUAGCUUAAUUCAGGCUCUUCUCAAUGUUAGUUGUCACUUAUCUGUUAGAUUUAAAAAAAUAAUUAAAAAUAGACUUUUAUUAAGGUUUGCUGCUUAAGCAAGUGUUGGGCGAGACAAUAGCGUCAAGUCGAUCACUAAAGAAAGUAAAAUUUCAUCCUCAACAAGAAAAGAAAAGAAAAGAAAGAAUGCAAAUUUUUAUAUAUUUAUUAGUUGUUCUAUAUGUACGUAUAAUGAUCUAUUUUCAUAAUAUUUUAGUUUUGAAAUAUUACUUAUUUCUCAUUUAUUUAUCACACACACACUCCAUAAGAACGUUGACAUUCUUGGUGGAAUAUAAUUGACCAGAUAAGUUGUUAAUUAGGGCGCGUACUACAAGUUUGUCCAAAUGCAAUUCUGAAAUGAGAAUUAAAAUAGCAGCGUGCGUACCACAAGUUUGUUUGUGACCGUUGCACCAUAAACUUUUCUUUUGUAAUUCUAGUGCACGCUCCAUCACGUUUCUAAUUCAACACCCAGAUCUACAAGCUCACUCCCAUGUUUUUUCAUACACAAAUGAUGGACUUAUUAUUUGGGAUUGAUUGGACUAAUCAUAUUACCUUCAUUAUGAUCAAACCAUCUUAUCUUAUCAUUAAUUAAAGAAAGAAAGGUCUUAAUACGAGUUUAAACAACUAGUGGGAAUUUCAGCUUUCAACCCCACUACGUAUUAAUGGGCCAAGGCGGAGGAUUGGGCCCAGAUAACGCAUACACGUGGAAGAAUAUGAUAGGUGGAGAGUUGAGAAUGAGACAAAAAAAAAUUCAAAAAUCUGAAAGAACAGAACAGGGUAUUUAUGUUACAGCACUCCCUCUCAGCGAGUCUCGAGUGGACGCAACUCCACCACAGUUGCAGAACAGCACAAACACAAGACAGUGCCAAGGAAAAAUACUCAGAUUCAGCGUUAGUGUGUGAUUGUGAGGCUGUUGAGUGUUGAGUAGGGAAGAAAAGUGAAGACCUCAAAACAACGAGCUAAAUCAGGCUCUUGAGGACAACCAAGAGAAGAAGAAGAGUGAAGAAGAUGACUGGAAUGACGAAGAAUCAACCGUCACAGUGGUGGUGGCUUGAUAGCCACACCACUUCUAAUCGAUCCCCUUGGCUUCAAUCCACUCUCUCUGAGCUUAAUGAGAAGACAAGGGCAAUGUUAAAGUUAAUUGAAGAGGAUGCAGAUUCCUUUGCCAAACGUGCAGAGAUGUAUUACAAGAAGCGACCAGAGCUUGUGAGCAUGGUUGAGGAUUUCUACAGGACACAUCGCUCCCUAGCUGAGCGCUAUGAUCAAGUCAAACCUGAUACUACUGGAAUUGGACACCUCAUUACUGGGGGGUCACCUUUUGCUUCAGCAAAGCAUCAGUUGGAGAAGUUGAUGACUUUUUCAGAUAAUGGAUAUGAUACCUAUUCUGAGCAUUGUGAUGUGUACGAGUCUGAGGAAUCUGAAGUUGAUGAUCCUGAACAGGAGGAGGAUGAAGAGGGGACCAAGUUUCUUCAUAACAGCAUAAAAAAUGAGCAAGUUUCGUUUGUGGCAGCGAGUGAUGUUGAAGUGAUGAAGCUGAGGGGUGAAGUUAAGAGACUCAAUGAAGAGAACAAGGCUCAUAGGGAUCAAAUCAAGCAGAAGGAUACCAUUUGUGAUGAAAUCAUGAUGCUGAGGGAAGAAAUUGGAAGGCUUAGAGAUGAGAAUGAGGCACAGAAGGAACAACUCAAGCAGAAGGAUGAAGAGAAGAUUGAGGUGAUAAGACAGCUGAGUUUAGCAAUAGAUGUGCUGAAGCAGGAGAAUGUGAAGAUGAGAAACUUCAUUGCUAAGGAGUCCACCAAGAAAUGGAAGAACCCAUUUGAGAUCAACAAACUUGUGGGAGCAUUUUCUGUGAAGUUGUUCAGUGGUGGUACUCCAAAGAAUCAGCCCGGCGUUGAGCUCUCUAGAUGUGGUUAAAAAUUUAGCAGAUUGAGUCAUUAUAUACAAAAAUAUUUACAAAUAUGUCUAUAUUUAUGUUAGGAACUUAUUACCCAAUAGCCUAGGCUUAAAAUCUUUUAUCUAUUACAUUCCAAUUGUUACAAAUUUGCAUUUGUAUUCCUUAUAAUUUAUGUGUCCAAUUCCAAUUCCCCGUCUGUCUUUUA